AUGCGCACCUCGUUCCUCUGCCCCUCCCUCCCUCUCCUCGCCUCCCUCCUGCUCGCGGCAAGCGCAAGCGGGAGCGUCAGCGCCGACAUCGUACCCCGCCAAGCACCCACACCCACGACCGCGCCUGGACCCACCCUCACUUCCGCCAUCCCGCCGGCUCCGACGGGGAGGGGAGAGUGUACCUUGCACGGCGAUCACUGGGACUGCGCGGGCGAUGCCACCGUCGGACACGACGAGGAGGACCACCAUGCGGAGCACGAAGACGAGCACGAGGGACACGCUGGUCACGUCGACGAGGAGGGGCACGACCACGACCACGAAGCAGAGGCAGAGGCGGAGAGCAGCAGCAUCGAGGGCGAGGACAGCCACGCCGGACACUCGGACGACCACGCGGGACACGCACACGGCCCCUCGGCGCAGUACGGCUGCGGCCUGGCUCCGCUGCAGAACUACGACCUGGGCCUGCACGUCGCUGCCAUCUUUAUCCUGCUCGCGUCGUCGUCGACGGGCACCUUUCUGCCCAUCCUCCUCCAACGCCGUACCUCCAAGUCGAGCCCGGAGGCAGCAGCAGCAGCAGCAGCAGGAGGCAGCGGCGACGUCGACGGCCUGCAAGCGGAAGGAUUCCUCUCGAAGCUCUUCUUCGUCUGUCGCCAUUUCGGAACGGGCAUCAUCCUCAGCACCGCCUUUAUCCACCUCCUCAGCCAUGCCGUCCUCUACUUUGCCAACGAGUGUGUGGGCGAGCUCGAGUUUGAAUCCACCGCCCCUGCCAUCGCCAUGGCGUCCAUCUGGCUCGUGUUCGUCGUCGACUUUUUCCUUCUCAAGUCGGUGCGGGCCCGGGCGCUCGCUGCGUCGUCGUCGUCGUCGUCGUCGGACGUGUUCGAGGACGGUGGAAUGACGCGCACCUCCUCGCUCGACGUCGACGAGUCCAAGGGCGGCGACGGUGGCCGAGGCGCAGGUGCAGCCCUCGCCGCUACGUCUCCGGCCGCCGCGGAGUCGCAGGCUCGUGGCGACGCAGCGGCGGCCAAGGUGCAGCGCGUCGAUCUGUGGAUGCUCGAGGCGGGCAUCAUCUUCCACUCGAUCCUGAUUGGCGUCACGCUGGGCGCGGCCACCGGGUCAGGCUGGAUCGCGCUCCUGAUCGCCAUCACGUUCCACCAGCUGUUUGAAGGCAUCGCCCUCGGAAGCCGAAUCGCCCUCCUCCCCCGCUCCUCGACCUCCCUCCCCACCAAGAUGAUCAUGGCCGCCGCAUACGCACUCACCACGCCGACCGGUAUCGCCAUUGGCCUCGGCGUCCGGCGCCACUUUAACUCCAACUCGAAACCCACCCUCAUCGCCAUGGGCACCCUCCACGCCAUCUCGGCCGGCAUCCUCAUCUACACGGCCCUCGUCGAACUCAUCAGCGUAGACUUUAUCCACAACAGGCGCAUGCUCAACUCGUCCAACGCCAGAUCCAUCUCCGCCGUCCUCGCCGUCACGGCCGGUGCGGCUGCCAUGUCGGUGCUGGGCAAGUGGGCCUGA